AUGUCUACAGAGUCAGAUCGCUCAGAAGCUCGCAACAUGCAACCUCAAAACCACCUAAGUUCCAAUGAAGAUAUAAGUGACACCGGAAUAAUAGAAGAGAUAAGCUCAGCUCCACCAACUUAUGAGGAAGCCGUAACAUCUCGAGAUUUAGAGGAUAAUAUACCGUCUACUUCAUUCUCUUCAUUCUCUCGUUCAGCUGCUGCUAAUUUACAUGCCAUAGAAGAAAUGUUUUCUUCAAAUCAUUCAACUAGUGAACGACAUCCCUUACUUAAUAAUAAAAACAAUGGUCCCUAUAACUUAUUUGGGAGGCCGUAUGGCGGUUCAGUGAAUCAAUCCACUUCGUCUAAUCAAUACAUGACAUUCCCUUUACCACGCGGCUCAUACAUAAACAAUUACGAAUUUGAUUACGAAGUGUUACAAGGUGGUGUUGUGUCGUGUGAUCCACAAUUAAGCAGAGACUCUGAUUCAUUAUACAGAUUUUUUAACGAGCAUAAUGACAAACCUGAAAUGGCUAUUAUAAUUUAUGGAUAUCAUACACGGAAAGGUGGUAAUAAUAGGAAGAAUACUGAAAUAACGGAUUUUAGAUUUACUUUGGAUUUAACAGAAUUCGUAUCAUCUGUCGGAGAAAUGCGUACUUAUCCAAAUGAAAAUAGACCGGAUAUGAGUUUUACGGAAGUCUUGGAAGAUUAUGUUCAUCGUGAUAGCGUUCUUAAAUCUAUCGAAAUGCACAAGAUUGUGUUCUGGGAUUAUUCUUAUUUAACUCAAUCCAUAAUUUCAAUUAUUCGUGAUCAAGGUUACCAACACGAAAUCCGUAUCACAUAUCCACAGCGUAAUCAAUUGAUUCGAGUUCAAUCCGAUAAUGCAUUAGCACAAUUCUCACGUAGUACUUUUGGACAAGCUUUAUGUUGUUGUUCGUGUUUUGGAAUUAUACAUAGGGUUGUAACCCGAUUUUACGACAAUGCUUAUAAAAUCAAGUUUAAAAGUGAAUUCCAAAUGAAUAUUAGUGCGAGAGAAUGGUUUCAAAGAAAUAGGAGGAUUAUUGUUGCGAAUGUUAAGUGGCUUUGA